GCCGCAGCCGCCCCGAGGCCCGUUCACGCCGCGGAGCACUUCUCCAUGGCGGCAAUGACGGCGGAGCACCCAAUGGCGGACGAGGCGGACCCGGACCUGAACGGGAUGAUGCAGUGCAUGUUCGGGUGCUUCACGUCGGUGAUGAGCUGCGCGUUCGGGUGCAUGGGCAAGGGCCCCGACCUGCCGCUCUGCGUCAUCAGCUGCAACCAGAAGAGCAUCGUCUGCAUGAUCCGCUGCGGCCUCACGCCCUCGCCGCCGGCUCCCAAGCCGCCAACGCCACCCGGGCCGCCCGCACCCAAGCCGGCACCCCCCAAGCCUGCACCCGGCCCGCCGCCAUACGCCGGUCAAAACACCAAGACCUCCCCCUAGACGCCGACGAUUGCCAUGCAUGCAUGAUGCCAGUAGUAUGGUACUAUACGAAUUAACUAAAAAAGAAGCCACAUAUAUCAUGGAGGUACCCAGAUAUAUAAAUAGGGCUCGAUACAUAACUUAUAGCUGGAUCCCAACACUUAUAUAUCUAGAUUUAUGCCCCUCAAAAAAAGAUAUCUAGAUUUAUGUUAUUGCAGUAGAAACAAUGUCAUA